AUUCUGUGCACGGUAAACUACAAAUUCGAAUUGAAGUGGACAGGAGAAACAUUUGGAAAAAGCAAUCCCAGAAGUUCGAUUUUACACUCAAGAGCCACACGCACAAACAGCUAAAAAUCCCAGAAGCCCAGAAGCCCAGAAGCCCAAUGCGUAGCACUGGAAAGCAUCAAACAACAGCAGCAGCAACGGGCAAGAAGCAGCCACAGCAAAUGGAUUGCUCCAAGAGCAAGGAGCUGAAGAAGACACAGCCUUCGACAUUCGCCAACACUUUGGUCAGCCAGGUUCAGGGACAACAUGCACCAGUAGCUGCUGCAAGAAGCUCAGAAGGUGGUGCCGGCGACGGGCUGGCAAAGUGCGGAAAGGAUCGCUUGGUGUCGCUGCGCUUUCAGAACAUCUCGCUGCUGCAUGGGGACGUGAAGUUGCUGCAGGAGCCCAACUGCGGCAUGAACGAGCGGCUGGUCGCCUUCUACUUUGCGUAUCUGCAGCACAGACGCUUCAAGCGGCAGUCACAGGUGUACUUCAUGCAGCCGUCGCUGAUGCAGAGUCUGCGCCAGCUGAGCCAACGUGCCAUGAGGCGCGAAAUGUGCCAGCGCGGCCUGCACGAAACGAAGUUCAUCCUGCUGCCGCUGUGCGCAGCGCCAGGCUCCUUCAACGUGGACCACGAGCACUGGUCCCUGCUGCUGAUCGCCCGGCCGGAGCGCAAAUUGUAUUACUACGACUCGAUGGACAACAGCCACAAGCAGCUGGCCGUCGCCCUGCAACAGUGUCUGUGCAUGCCACUGGCCCUCACCGGGUUCAGCCUGGUCGUGGGCCGCUGCCUGCAGCAGGCGCACGACGAGCCUCACCAGUCGGGCAUCCAUUUGAUGUGCAUGGCCGACCAUGUGGCUGACUAUGUGCUGCGCUGUGGCUACGCCUCGAGCAGCCUGCUCAUCGCACGCGACUAUGUGCAGGGCAUGCGCACAGUUGUCCUUCAGCAUAUCCAGUGCAUGGGCGGAAUUCUGCCCAAGAAGAAGCGCAGCUCCUCUGAACUUUGAGCCUCUGCCCUCUGACUGAUUUUCUCUCUUU